GUCUGGCCGGGGGCGGGGAGAACCCUGAGGAAGUUUCCUUUUUCUUUCAAACCAUUCUAAAAUCCGAGGAUGGUGGGGCGAGACGACUAAGUCCCACAUUCCCGGGACACUGUAGCCGGAAAACUGUCGAACUCUGUGGAAAAAUUUAUGGGAUAAGAAAACAUGGCAUCUAGAGUAAAUACCAGUUUCACUUUAAUACCCAAUCAAAAAUGUAGACGUACUAAUCAUCAAUCCAGCUGUUUUUCCAACACCCUUGAUUCAGAUCAUCAACUCUUAUCUACGCUUGGAGAUUUUAAAGUCUUACCAUUGGAAAUUUUCCACAUAAUUUUAAGAUAUUUAUCAGUGAAGGAUAUCGGCAUGUUAAGUAUGGUGUCCAAAACAGUCAGCCAGCACAUAACUAAUUAUAUCUCAACCUCAUCUGGAAGUAGAAGACUUCUACUACAGAAUUUUCAUGACCUUCUGCCUGGCACAAAAGAGGACACUGCUAUACUGGAGCACUACCGAGCUCUAGGUCUACUAUUUAAAAGAUGCACUCUGCUGCUUCCCACCAAGGAAAGACUAAAGUACAUUCACAAGAUACUCUCAGAAGUUUCCUGUUUUAAAUUCAGUGGCUGUUCGACUCCCUUGCAAUGUUUGGGAUUACCAUGUUAUGGAGUGUUUUUACAGACCUUAACAGCAGGUUGGGAUGAAAUCGAAUGUCAUCGUGUUUAUAACUUCUUAUGUGAGUUGACUAAUCUCUCUCGUAAGAUGCAGACUGUCGUCUGUAACAAACCAGGCAGUUCUCGAAAACUAGAGUUAAGGAUCAGACUGUUCUGUAGGCAUGUCCUACUCGAUCACUGGACACAUCGAAAUGAUUCUGCAUUUUGGCUGACUCGAAUAUUAAAGCCAUGGCCUAUGGUGAAUCAGGCAAGAUUGUUAUAUAUUAUCUUUGGACCAACUACUUCUCAUGAUGGACAGCUGAUUUGGCAGGAAAUGAUAGAAGGACCUACAGAUGAAUCCAGUCUGAAAGGUUUGGCUGGGGCAAUUAAGUUACUGUAUGAUACAGGUACCAAAGAGUGGACAGCAGAUGAUGUUAUCAGUCUUCUAGAUGAACUAUCAGUGGUUCCCCGGGAGUGGCUUCUGGAGAACAAUGCGCGCCUCCUAAUCCUGAGUGGGAACAACAUCUGCUUCACUUUCAUGGCUAGCAAAGCUGUGAAUGGACGGGCCAUUGAGCUGGCAAGGCUCAUAGUCUUUUUGGCUUUGGUGUGCGAGAAAGAGCUGUACUGCAUGGACUGGACAGUUAGAAUGAUGCAGAAAGUCAGCAAGGUCUUUAACACCACAUCAGAGAGGAAGAGCUUCCUGCAGAGCGUGGCAAAUGCCUUUGCCUGUGUCACGAUGGAAAUGCUGCAGCCUGUCAUGUCUGGAGAACGUGAUGACGAUGACAGAGGUUUCCUGAAUUUGUUCCAUCUUCUACAUGCUCAGGCAAAUUUCCAUAAGGAGUUGCUGUAUCUGACCAUGAAUGUUCUCUCUUCCUAAGUGAGGAAGCUUAUCAUUUAAAGAAUGUAUCACUGGACUGGUGCUUAGGAGAGUGAUGGUUUUCACAUCCAAGAGUAGCACCUGUUGGACUUUUGAGAAUCUAGUUAACCAGAAACACCAGCUGCACAGGAUUUUAGCUGUAACCACUUCACUCUGAUUAAUGGAAAAUAGCAGGCAAACCAAGAAUAUGUUGAAACUCUUCUGUAAAGGAAGUUCUGCUUCUCCAGGUCUUGGUAAACUCAACAUCAAUCCAAAAUAGAAUGUUAACUGUCCCAGAGUCCGCAGCCAGCUCAGCGUCUGAGCCACCCUUUGAAGCAAGAGCUAAUUUUGCUUCACUGAGAGCAGAUCUACAUCCAGUGUCCUGUGUUCACUUGCUCAGCUUGGCCAGCCAAGGCCCAUGUGUCCUAUAAGGUCUGUGAUGCUGACUUUCAGAAUGUGCACUAUGCACGUCACGUUCUUUACCGCCUUCUCAGCAUAUGGCUACCAAACCUUACAUUCCAUUUAUAUUUUAUAUGGACUAGCAGAAAGCGAUACAAAAUAAGCACAUGUAGAGACAUAUAUGUGUCUCUAUGUGUGUAUGCAUAUAUAUGCAUAUAUUUCCUGCAAGGCAAACCAACAUACAAAAGGUCUACAAGUACAGGAAAGGUGUGUGUGUGUGUGUGUGUGUGUGUGUGUGUGUGUGUGAAUGUGAGCUAUAAUCUUCAGAUAAUGGAAUCAUCUUAACUUCUCUGGGGAUUAGAGCAGAAAAUUGAAAGCAGGAGAAAAAAACAUUGUUCUGCUGCCAGAACAAUGUUCACAAGUAACUCCCCCUUGUUGGUAAGACUUUUCUCCCAGACCCAGACAGUGGGUUUUGAUGACCUGAAAGCACAGAUGGUUAGAGUAGCCAAAGACAGAGGGAUGAGGCAGGGGGAGAGAGUGUUUGUGGAUCCCCAGAAACUCUAGGCCCACUCAGUAGACCUACCUUCUACCUCCACCUACCAACGAUGAAGGCAGCUGUCGUGUAGAGCCCUCGGAGAGCUCCUCCACCUUAAUCCACUUUAAUCUCUGCAGUCACACCCAAGGCUUUGCACAGGCGCACAAGCGCUUGACCGCUGAGCUGUCUCCCUAGCCCACGGUCACCUUCCAAGGGACUUCUCAGAGGCCGCCCUUCUUUUCUUUGGAACACUGAGAUCAGGAAAUCACCUUCAGCAGCAGGGUGUAAAGAAAAUCCAUGAAUUUUAACAAAAGGGCUCAGUGAAAAUUUGAUAGGACUGAGGAGCAGUGAAAAUUGUGAGGAACUAAGAACUCAUAAAGCCAGGCAUGGUGACACAUACCUUUAAUCCCAGCACUUGGGAGGCAGAGGCAGGUAGAUCUCUGUGAGUUCAAGGCCAGCCUAGUCUACAGAUCAAAUUCAGGACAGCCAACUUACACAGAGAAAAAAAAUUGUGAUAACGAGAUUUUACUAUGUUUCAAUAGCAAAAACACCUUUAAUGUGGAAAGAUCAAAAUUAAUUUCCUAUUUGUUAUCCAGCUAUAAUUCUACUAUUGGGAAGAUUUUGUUUUGUUUUGUUUUGUUUCCUCCAGAAUUUAUUUGAAGAUUUAGGGGGGAACAUUCUUGCUUUUGUCCUCAUUUAAUUUUCUUCUGCUUAGUUGAAGAACUGAUCUGUAACAAAUAGCCUGGGCAGCCUGUGGUAACAGCAAACAGCAAAGUGCAAAGUAACACCUCAGACCAGGUCAUGUUUCUCUGUCUCUGACACUCCUAUACCCACUUUGGAAAGAUUGCUUGGCUUACUUAUCAAAAAACUAGUGAUUUCAUGUCAACAUUAUCUUGGAGAGAAAGAAAAAAAUCAAAUGUUACUAUGAACAAUAUUUCAAAGAUUAUAUUAUUUAUUUUUUUAUUUAUUAUUUAUUUUUCUCAUCACACUCCUAGCUGUCUUAAAACUCACUCUGUAGACCUGGCUGGCCUUGAACUCACAGAGAACCCCCCGUCUCUGUCUCCCUAGUGCUGGGGUUAAAGGUGUGCUCCACGUACAGCUCUAAGGAUCUUGAUAAGUAGAUCAUUGAUUUCAUUUUAGGUGGCUAAGAGUACUACAGGCUGCUCUCAUGCAGGACCUGGAUUCAGUCUCCAGUACCCACACAACUUAAAACAUCUAUAACUCCAGUUCUAGGGAAUUCCUUGUCCUCUUCUGGCCUGUGCAGGCAAACAUAUGGUGCAUAUACAUUCAUCCAUCCAGGCAAAAUACCUGUACACAUAGAAAUAUCCUUUUCAAAAGAUAUUUUGUUUUCUUAGAGAAAGAAAUAUGCCAUUAUGAAGUUUGCUUAGGGUAACGUCAGUCUCCAAAAAGUUAUCUUUAGAAAGCUUACCAAAGAAGCAUAUUUUAAUUAAAACACACUUAUUGUCUGACCUGGGAAUUGAACUCUGAGCCUCACACUUGCUAGAUAAGCAUUCUACAACUAAGCUGUGGUCCCAGCUAAAUUAGAAUUUCUUUUAUUCGGAUUUGACUCUAUUUGUAUCUUUGUUGACAUAACUUGCUGAUACAAAUGCCUUUAAAUUUACAUGAUUUUGUUAAUCUUGGUUAUUAUCCUUUCUUCUCCAGAGUUUAGGUCUGAAAAAAUUUAUCCCAUGAACUGUAGUCAUGGGAUAGACUACAUGUAGACAGCCUUUUUUCCUUCUUAGACAGGGUCUCUCUGUGUAGCCCUGGCUGUCCUGAAACUUGCUCUGUAGAUCAGGCUGGCAUCAAACUCAGAGAUUCACCUGCCUCUGCCUUCCGAGUGCUGGGAUUAAAGGUGUGUGACACCACUGCCAGCUCCUUUUUCUCUCUUUAAAAAGUAAAUUGAUAAAUUGUUCAUUUAAUUAUUAAUGGACUCACAGAGAUCCACCUGCCUCUACCUCCUGAGUGCUGGGAUUACAGGCAUGUGCCACCACACCUGGCUGUGACUUUGAGUUUUUAAGAGGAACAUUAACUUGAAAGAAGCAUUUGUACAGAGGUUUAAAUGACAGGCAGUCUGAUUAUCCACAAAAAAGGGAAAAUUUGAAAAUUACUUGACUGAACAUUAGAACUGACCAGACUAGAAUUGACUAAAAUAGGCACAAAACACUGUAGACUUUCCACUAAACAGAUAAUUUCUCCUGUCUUUACUCAAAUCAGAUCAGUCUCCAUGAUCACUGGAGGCCCAGGCUCCCAGGAUGGCUUUUCCUCUUUGUGGUUCUACCCUUGGCCUCCUUUCAUCUAUAGGGCAGAUUUCCCUUUUACUAGAAGGGAAAGUCAUUACAUUACAUUGCUCAUUAUUGUUUUUGUACACACAAGGUCUAUGUUGUUACAUUUUUUAGGAACUGAAGUUGAUAUAUUGUGAGGACUAUUUUAACCGUGUGAACCGUAUCACACUGCUGUGGGCAAUGCCAUCUGUCCCCGCAGUCCCUAAGUGGUGGUGUGUGAGCUCCGGGGGCAAAGGUCGGUGAUGCUCACCAGGCACCUGCUCAGAAGUUCCUCCUGUGCCGCAUGCUGUUUGCACUUCUAGCAGAGACUUGAUUGCUAGGGUAACUGCUCACCUUUGGAUAGCAGGGGAGGGGGAGGUGCUCAGUGGAAGGUGUGAUGCAGUCAUUUUAUGUUUAAGAUGUAAACACUACCCUCUUUGUGUGAUAGUCUCAGGGUCAACGUCCCUGUAUGAAUAGUGCUCGCUCAGUCACAUGACUGCAGAUUUGUACAUGCCUUCGACAGUCUCUGUGCUUACUGAAAACCUUACUAGCACUCCACUAGCAGUGUGCACUGUUAUCUCAAAAGCAUAGUAUUGUGCUAAACAUCCUUGAAACCUAAUACUGUAUUUGCUAAGCUUUAUUUAAUUUCUUAUUCAUUUUAAUAAAAUUAAGUUUAAA